GACUCUAGAAAUUGGAUUUCGGGCAUGUCUUCUCUCGCUGUUGACUGCCCUUUUUGACUGCUAACACGCGCCACGCGUGCGCCCUAACGCGAUUGCUAACUCGAUUGAUGAGGUUAUUGAAGAGUCCGUUAGUAUCGCUUCAUUCCCUUGCUCCUGGCGUUGGUUAGGCUCGUCGUAUCAGCCUUUCAACCAAGUCUUGUCCAGCUUGUCGCUUAAAUUCGCCGCGAUUCUAGGACCAGCUUAGCGACCUCACCGACAAUCAGUACUUCAUAAUCUGUCAUUUCUUAAGACCGGAUAAACCGCGACUUUCAGCAUCACUUCACCGAGUUAAUCAGCCGCAUUAGAAUCGGCAUCGCGGCUGAGCACCAGCGUAGCAGGACGCCAUGAUUCCCCCGGCGGCGAUGGAUCCGGAGAUGGUUCGCCUGGCGCAGGAGCAGAUGAGCCGCAUGUCGCCUCAAGACAUCCAGCGCAUGCAGCAGAUGAUGACGCCUGACAUGAUUCGCAUGGCGACGGAGCAGAUGGGUCGCAUGUCGCCAGACGACAUGAGGCGAGCAGCCGAGCAGAUGAAACACCUCUCCCCCUCGCAGAUCGCCAGCGCCAUGUCUGGGGCUGGCGCUGGGGCAGGAGGGGUUGGGAGCGGUGCUGGGGGGUUCCCAGGAGCAGGAGCAGGAGGAGGAGCAGCAGCAGGGGGGUUGCCAGACGUGGCUGCAUAUAUGAGCCAGAGGCAGCAGUACGAGCUGAACGCAGCGACGAUGCUCAAGAACGAGGGAAACAAACUGCAUGGGCUAGGGAAGUACUCAGAAGCAGCAGAGAAGUACAACAGG